AUGGCUAUACAAUCUAACAGACAGUUGCUUACCAAGGGUAAGAGCUAUGCCACGAAACAAUCCAAGAAAUUUGGUGCCGAUGAGGUUGUCUUCGAUAAGGACUCUCGACUAGACUACCUAACUGGGUUCCAUAAGCGUAAAUUGGAAAGACAGAAGAAAGCACAGGUGUACAAUAAGGAGCAGGAUAGACUAGCCAAGAUUGAGGCAAGGAAGAAGAUUCGUCAAGAGAGGAAAGAUGAAAUGGAUGAACAAAUGAAAAGAUUUAAAGAAACCUUGGAGAUUCAAAGGGAGGUAGAGAAUGAUAUAAAUGAGGACAAAAAAAAUGGAGGAAAAAUAUCAGGGGAUUCAGAUAAUGAAUCAUGGAAUGGGUUCUCUGAUGAAGAAGAUGCUGAAAAUACUUCCGAUGUCAAACCUAUCUUAAAGAAGGGACAAACAGUGUAUACUGACGACACAACGGUGGAAGUAGAAACUUUGGAACCAAAUGAUAACUUUGAAUAUUUGGCUAAUCUAAAUAACGUUAAACUGGAAGAAUCAGAAAAUGUUCUAAAGGAAAGUAUAACAAGAGCAACAAAAUAUGCGAAGUUCUUGGGUAUUGCUGGCGAAGAAGAUAAGGCAUCCAAACCAAAGAAGAAAAAGAAGUUCAGAUAUUUAACGAAGAAUGAAAGAAAAGAUAACCAAAGAAAGGCAAACGCCAACAAGCAUAGAGGUAAGAAGAAAUGA